CCAGAACCGAGCUGCAGCUUUGCAGCAACACAAAAAACACGCAGGGACUUCUCAUCAGAUCUUCCACCAGGAGGAAAACCACUUCCUGGGACCAGAACAGAGAAUCCAGGAUCAUUUCUCAGCUUAUUUUUAGUUUUUGCUUGCAUUUCAAAAAGAAAGGGGGGAAAAAAAAGGUCUAAAGAAGGGGUGGUGCGUGAGAGGCAAAGAUCAGAUUACAGAUCCAGACUUUUUCAAGGAUUUUUUUUUUUUUUUUUUUUUGGAAGUUGGGGGAGGGCAGAGCAACUUUUCUUCUUCUCAGAUUUUGUAGAAUCUAUUUAUCAUCAGAACUUUUUUAUUUAUUUUUCAACUUGAUGAUCCUUUUUUUAAGGGACUAGUUUGGAUAAUGGAGGAAUCCCGCAGCGGAAAGUUGAGGGGAAAACUUUAAAAACAACUUCUUUUUUUUUCCUUCCAACAUGUUGCGUUUGGAAACUUGUUCCACGUCUGAUGAAGAAAAGAAAAAAAAAAGUCUAUUUUCUUGGAUUAGUCGGGGGAUCUGAGAGCUGAAAGUUUCAAACUCAGUCGUUUGUUUGGAGUGUUUUUUUUUUUUUUCAGAGCCCGAACCCAAGAUGUCCUCCCAGACUGGGAGUCCCUUUGUUGGACUCUCUGGGAUGCUGUGCGUCUGGGCUGCCUGGCUGUGGGGCUGCGGGGCCGUGUUGGCCCCAAACGGCACCAUGUUUGAGGAUCUGUGCAAGAAGAGCUCAACCUGCGAGGCCCUAAAGUACAACACAUGUCUGGGCUCACCUUUACCUUACACACACACCUCUCUGGUCCUGACUGAGGACUCCAGCACACAGGAGGAGGCUUUUGAAAAGCUGACCAUGUGGUCUGGUUUACGGAACGCUCCUAGAUGUUGGUCGGUCAUCCAGCCAUUGCUCUGCGCCGUCUACAUGCCCAAAUGUGAAAACGGCCGAGUCGAGCUGCCCAGCAAGAGCUUGUGUUUGGCGACGCGGAAACCCUGCGCCAUCGUGGACCGGGAGAGAGGCUGGCCCGACUUCCUCAAGUGCGACAAAUUCCCCGUGGGCUGCUCGAACGAGGUGACGAAGCUGAAGUUCAACAUUUCGGGUCAGUGUGAAGCUCCGCUGGUGAAAACAGACAUCCAGUCCAGUUGGUACAAAGAUGUGGAGGGCUGCGGUAUCCAGUGUGACAACCCCUUAUUCACCGAAGAGGAGCACAACGACAUGCACGCCUACAUAGCUUACUUUGGCACCAUCACACUGCUCUGCACCUUUUUCACCCUGGCCACAUUUCUUGCUGACUGGAAAAACUCCAACCGCUACCCGGCCGUCAUUCUUUUCUACAUCAAUGCCUGUUUCUUUGUGGGCAGCAUCGGCUGGCUGGCCCAGUUCCUGGACGGAGCGCGCAAAGAGAUCGUGUGCAAGAGCGACAACACCAUGCGGCUCGGCGAGCCCUCGUCCUCAGAAACUCUGUCGUGCGUCACGAUCUUCAUUAUCGUCUAUUACUCGCUGAUGUCCGGUGUGAUUUGGUUUGUCAUGCUGACUUACGCCUGGCACACGUCCUUCAAAGCUCUGGGCACGACUCACCAGCCCCUCUCAGGUCGGACCUCCUACUUCCACAUGGUCACCUGGUCCGUCCCCUUCGUUCUCACUGUGGCCAUCCUCGCCAUUGCUGAGGUGGAUGGAGACUCAGUGAGUGGGAUCUGUUUUGUCGGCUAUAAAAACUACAGAUUCCGAGCUGGGUUUGUGCUGGCACCUAUUGGAGUGGUGCUUGUGGUUGGCGGCUACUUCCUCAUUCGGGGAGUCAUGACCUUGUUUUCCAUCAAGAGUAACCACCCAGGACUGCUGAGUGAGAAAGCUGCCAGCAAAAUCAACGAGACAAUGCUGAGGCUCGGUAUAUUUGGAUUCCUUGCUUUUGGCUUUGUUUUCAUCACAUUUGGCUGCCACUUUUAUGACUUCUUCAAUCAGGCCGAAUGGGAGAGGAGCUUCAGAGAAUACGUACUGUGUGAGGCCAACGUGACCAUCGCAUCCCAAGCCAACAAGCCCAUCCCAGAAUGCACCAUUAAGAACCGUCCCAGCCUGAUGGUGGAGAAGAUUAACCUGUUCUCCAUGUUUGGGACAGGAAUCGCCAUGAGCACCUGGGUCUGGACUAAAGCCACCAUCCUCAUCUGGAAACGCACUUGGUGCAAGAUCAUCGGCCGCAGCGACAACGAGCCUAAGAGGAUAAAGAAGAGCAAGAUGAUUGCCAAGGCGUUUGCAAUGAGAAAGGAGCUCCACAAGGACCCGGAGAAGGAGCUGUCCUUCAGCAUGCACACUGUGUCUCAUGACGGCCCAGUGGCUGGAAUCAAUUUCGAGCUCAACGAGCCAUCCAAUGAAAUGUCAUCAGCAUGGGCGCAGCAUGUGACAAAGAUGGUUGCCAGACGAGGAGCUAUCCUGCCUGAAGACAUUUCGGUCACUCCCACCGGGACACCAGUGCCACCUCCAGAGGAGAGGAACAGGUUGUGGAUGGUGGAGGCUGAGAUUUCCCCCGAGAUGAUAAAGAGGAAAAAGAGGAAGAAGAAAAAAAGGAAGGACGUGCGUCCGGUUGAGGAGACUCACCACCAGCGCGAGUUUGGUCGCAGCUCGGUGCCCCGGCUGCCGAAGCUUCCCUGCCACCCGAGCCUGGUCGCGAACCUGCGCUUGCAGCAGAGGCAGCAGCAGAGGAUGGAGGACGACGUCCUGCCGGGGUCGUGCUCAGAGUUUCAGCGCUGCGAGGAGCGGUGCCACUACCUGCAGUGCCAGGGCAGCUACAGCAACAAGCUGCUGCCCAACCCUCUGACCCAUAUCGACUGUCCUGAAGAUCUGGGCCUCAGGCCACGCUACCACCCCUCAAACUCCAACUGGCAGCCCAGGGGGUCCGCACUCCGUCCUGAAGAGAUGGAUCUAGACGGGCUGUCAGACAGAAUGGCUCACGUGGCCCGGGUCCCGGCUGGUCGCAGGGCCGGCUGUGGACCCAUCCACUCCCGGACCAAUUUAAUGGAGGCAGAGCUAAUGGAUGCUGACUCUGAUUUUUAAAACUGCUUCGUGGGAAACAGAGCAAACAAAAAAAGUGCUGGAAACUUUCAGAGACUCUUACUAAAAUGCAUCAAAACCUGGUCAGUGUGUUUUAUUUCUUUUUAUUUUUCUGUGUCUUUGUGCACGACAGAUUUUUUUUUUCUCAGAAAAAUGGAAGGAAUAACGUAUUGCUUUGUGUUGAAUAACAUUUCAUGGAGACUAAACAGAUGAGGCAGCUAAAUUGUACAUGGCUUGAAACAUGUGUAUGUGCUGAAACGUCUUGGUUCCAGCUCAGCAUUAAAAUGAGCUCAGUCUCAAAAGAUAAUCGAACCAAUUCAUUUCUCUUGUCUUAUAUUUUAAAGCUCCUUCUCUCCCUUUCCACUUCCAUUUAAUCACUAUUUGUGCUUACAACUACCUUGAGGUGCUAUUUGUACUUAGAUUUUCAAACAGAACUAAAACUGUGUUAAGUAAAAAAAAAAGGUGACAUUUUAGUUUCUCAGCUUCCCUUUGUAAUGAUUUAAUUUUAUGUUAUUUCUUCAAAACAUGUACAACCCCAAUUUUAUUGAUCUGCUACUCUAAUCAAGCUUUUUUUUUCGUGCUAAAAUAUGUUCCUAUCAUUUCUAUUUUCUUUGUUGCCUGGUGCAAUAAUUCAUCUGUCGUUUGCUUUGGAGAAAAUUUAAAUUCUAAGAGUGAAGCUACAAUGAGCUGUUUAUCCCCCUUCAAUAAGCUCUUGUAUAUUUCUAUUUGCUUGUUGUACAUUUUAGAAAAAAAAGUGUUAUUUUUUUAUCAAAUUUCUGUUCUUGUUGUAUAUAUUCAUUUGAAACUGUGCUUCAUAUGUGUUGAUGCUUAUUUUUUGUUUGCAUUCAGAACAUUUGCAGUGUUGCGUUUUGUGUAAAUGAAAUACUGUCACUUUUYACUGUACAGCUAAGCUAUGUUUUUUUUGUCUCUAUAUUAAAAUAAAAACAAUGCCACAUUUUGA